AUGCGAGGACCUCUGAAGACCAACGACUCGGAUCAGAACUUUGACAUACCUCAAUCGAAGGAAGAGAAGCCCGAAGCUUAUCCCGAUGGACCUAUAUGUGUCUACGGUCGUUACCUCGACCUCUAUCUAGAGCCCACAGCCGAGCAAGCUUCUCGUUACGAUGUCAUCCUGAAUGUCGCUAGCGAAGUAAAAAAUCCUUUCGAUUUCGCAACAUUUCAACCUUCGGGACCCGAGUUACGUCUCGAUGACAUCACUUCUGCGCCUCAGCCAAAGGAGUCUACAAAACCGGAGCCAGAGUACAUUCACAUUCCGUGGGAGCACAAUACUGACAUUGUUCCUGACCUCAUCCGCCUAGUAAAGGUUAUCGAUGAGCGCAUCCAGCUUGGAAAACGUGUUCUAAUUCAUUGUCAAUGCGGUGUGAGCAGAUCAGCAACCCUAGUUGUGGCCUAUGUUCUUUACAAAAAUCCCUCGAUGAGCGUACAAGAAGCAUAUGACGAUGUGAAGAAGCGAAGCAGAUGGAUCGGUCCCAACAUGAACUUGAUCAUGCAGCUGCAAGAGUUCCGAUCGACUUUGCAAAGG